AAGAAAAUAGGCAAAUUCCAGCCCUUUAAGAAGUUGUUUGGCAGAAGAAAAAAGAAAGAAGCUCCCUUGUCCCGGGAGAUUUCUGUGGCAAAACAGAAUCACGCUUUCCCAAAUGCCUGCAAUGGUGCCUUCUCUUCUGAUGAGGAGACCCUUGAUGAUUCUCUAAGGUCCUUCAACUAUACUAUGGGAACCCGGGCGUUUUCCCAUGACAGUAUUUUUAUCCCUGAUGGGGGAGCAGAAAGUGAGCAGACAGUUCAAGCAGUAUCACAGGACAACAUUCUGGGCAAAGUCAAAACUCAUCAGCCACAGUUGGGCAAGAACAUCAAGUUUGGGCAGUCCCCACCACCCACAGCCCUUCCUAUGAAGAGGACAGACACUCCCAGUCCGGAGACUAGCUUAGAAGACGAUCUGUUCCUGAGUAGUCCCAUGGAAAUCGUGACCCACCAGGAUUUAGUGCUCUCCGAUAGUGAGAAUAAAUCCAGUGAUACUCCAACUUCCUUAAGCCCUUUGAAUUUACCUGGAACAGGGAGUGAAAUGGAGGAGAAGGUUGCUCCAGUUAAAUCAUCUCGGCCAAAGCGACAUUUCUCCUCUGCGGGCACCAUCGAAAGCGUUAACCUUGAUGCCAUUCCUCGGGCCAUUGCUCGCCUGGACAACAGCGCAGCCAAGCACAAACUGGCUGUGAAGCCAAAGAACCAAAGGGUGUCCAAGAAUCACAGGAGACUGUCCAAAGACCGACAAAAUGAUCGAGAAAGCUUUGAGAGUCAGCUGUCCCUAGAUCAGAAUGGACACUCUGGAGAAGAAAAACAAACUUGGCAUGAAGAACUCAAACCCCUUGAUUCAGAGGAAGAGAAAAGACAGCAAGAGGAAUACUGGAGACAUCUUGAGGCUGAAUAUAGAAGACAAAAGGCAGAAAAGAAACGACUAGAAGAGCAAAGGCUUCAGGAAGUAGAGAGGAGGCUUUGGGAAGAGAAUCCAAAACCACUUCUGAAGGAGGAGGAAGAGGAAGAGGAAGAAAAGGAGAAACAACAGCAUCCAGAAGGGCUGAGGCCCCAGGAAGAGGAAGGGCAAAGGUUUGAAGAACAGCAUCGGCAAGAGCUGCAGGAAAGCAGACUAAAAGAGACAAAGCGGGAGCUAGAGGAGAAAAAGAGCCUGGAGGCGGAGGAACAACCGGGUUGGCCGCUGGAGGCAGAGAAGCCCCCGGAGGAGCUCGAGAGACAGGAAGGACUACAAGAGCGGGGGAAGCAAGAGCCUGAGAAACAGCAGCAGGAGGAAGAAGCCAAGCUCCUGCAGGAGCUCCGGGGUCGAGAGGAGACCGAAGAGCAGAUGCGAGAGGCGGAAAAGCACAGGCAGGAGGAGGAAGGGAAGGUCCUGGAGGAGACCGGAGAGCGGAGGGAGCAAGAGGGCGGAGAACCAAGCCGGGAAGAUGAAGGGAAAUCACCGGCAGACCUCGAAGGACAAGACUUGGGGACAGCCGAACACAGCAAGCAAGAGGUAGAAAAGCAGCUUCGCACAGAAGGAAGGGGAGAAGAGCAGCUGCAGCCAUGGGAGAAGGAGGGCAAGCGCUUGGAGGCAGUCCGGGAGCAGAGCAGCCGCGGGGCCCAGGGGCAGCCUGAGGCAGGAGAGGAAAGGCACCGGGAGAGCCCAGCUCAGGGCUACUCCAGAAAGAGCCCGGAGGAACAAAAAUGCCCCAGGCAUGAAGCCCACGAAAGAAACGGAAGGGGACUGCAGUUUGUAGAGAAGCGGAGCCCCCAGGUGGAGGAAACAGGGGAGGAUGGUCACGGAGGUGUCCCUCUGCUUCAGGAGGAAGGAGGAGGAACUCAACAGGGACAUCCCCAGAAAGAAAAGAGGCAGCCAGAGGAUGAGCCGGCUCAGGGGGAGAAGAAAGAAACUGUUACCCUGAAGAAGGACCAGAUGGGGGAGGAGCUGAGAUGGCAAGAGGUGGAGGAAAGGCAGUCUAUGCCCAGACCGUAUACGUUCCAAGUGUCAUCAGGAGGAAAACAAAUCCUAUUUCCCAAAGUCAAUCUGAGUCCAGUGACGCCUGGGAAGGAGUCAGGGCUUCUGUCCAUCUCACAAAAGCCCAAAGCCAGUAAGUCCAGUAAGGCCUCCCACCCCCUCCCUUCUUCGCUAAGCAUUCCGCACACGGCAAUCCUGGUCACAGGAGCACAGUUGUGUGACCCAGCCGUCAACCUGAACCAGAUCAAGGACACAGCUUGCAAGACUUUACUGGGCUUGUCAGAAGAAAAAAAGCACAUGGAUAUUCCUGCUUUGGAAAACACGCCACGAGGCACUCAUGAUGCGCGGGCAGCCAGUGGGAAGGCCAAGUUUCCUCAGGAGUCUCCAAGCAGUAAGGCUGCCUUAGCUGAGUGGGAAUCUAUUCGUUCUAGAAUCCUAAAGAAUACUGAUAAUGGCCAAGUCAAUGAGAGGGACCUGUUAAGGCACAGUGGGGAGAGUGCUUCCAAAGGCAGGUCUGAUGCCCGGGGAAACCUCCGGAAAACCUUAUCAGCAAAUGCAAAAUUCUCCAUCAUGCCUGCCUGGCAGAAAUUCUCUGAUGGUGGCAUGAAAGGCCAAAAGCAGAAUGCUGAAAACCUUAGGAAUAAGCCUGGGCUGGGGCCCAGCGAAAGAGCAGAGGUCCAGCCUCCUGCUGGUGGACACCAAAAAAUUCCUGAGAGAACAGGGACGCCGCAGGAGCCAACCGACUCUGCAGAGGGAUGUAAAUUUGCCAAAGACCUUCCAUCUUUCCUUGUCCCAAGUUCACCUCUUGCUCCACAGAAAGCCCUGGUCCAGCCAGACUUGGCAGCUUCCUCUGAAACUGAGACAAGCAGUGUGGGGAAAGCGGAGGAUGUCAUGCCAAGUGGGGAGGAGAGCACAUCACCUUUUGGGAUAAAGCUGAGAAGGACCAACUACUCCUUGCGUUUUCACUAUGACCAGCAAGUGGAACAGUCAAAGAGAAAGAAGAGGCAUAGCACCGGUGACACUUUUGAUGGGGUAGCAUCUGUACUGAAGGAUAAAGAUGGGGAAAAAGAAAUUACCAUUGUCAAAGGUACCACAUCACCUACCCAGGAGAAAAAGAAUGACCCGCUGGGUGUGAAAGACUCCCUAGACAGCCUUGGGCGACACCCAACUCAGCUGGCACCCCAGCUCCCCAGUAGCCACAUUCCUCCUCUGGAUCAUGACAAGCCAGGGGCUAAAUCACCACUGCCGCAGAAGCCAGCCCUCGCCCCAAAACCCACCAGUCAGACCCCACCAUCCUCUCCCCUUUCCAAAAUGGGAAGGCCAUUCUUGGCCGAGCUAAUCUCCAGGCGGGCAGUGAAAUCAGACCAGGAUGCCAGCGAGAAGCUAAAUGGGGGCAAAGACAGUGGUGAUCUUCAGCUACCACCUGUGCCUCCCACUGAGAAGAGAAAGGAAGAGGAGGAAACAGCAGAGAAAAAAUCCCCUUCUCCAUUGGUCUCUACCUCCCAGCAAGAGAAACCUGAGAAAACCCUCGAGCCUGGGAAAAAAGAAAAGCCAGUGCUUCAGAGCUGGCACUCUUUAGAAGGCUCGAAAUCGAUGGAAAAAACUGAGACUGCCCAGCCACAGUGGGUUACAUUAGCACUACAAAAGCAAAAAGGAUUCAGGGAGCAGCAGGCUACCAGGGAAGAGAGAAAGCAAGCCAGGGAGGCCAAACAAGCAGAAAGGGUAUCUAAAAACAAUGCUGGAGUCAGCCAGCAGCCUGAAAGCAGUAAUAUUAGCAGGAUAGGUUCCCUCCAUAAAUCUACUGCUCAGGAAGAUGAGAAGAAGAUUGAGACAGCUGUGUCCAGGCUAGAGCGCAGAGAGCAACUGAAGAAAUCCAACACUCUUCCUACAUCUGUGACAGUGGACAUCUCAGAUUCUGCUAUGCCUGCAUCAUUGGUGAAAGAAGUCCCAAAGAGAUUCUCCACACCAGAUGCUGCCCCAGUGUCAACAGAACCAGCCUGGCUGGCCUUGGCCAAAAGGAAAGCAAAGGCCUGGAGUGACUGUCCACAGAUUAUUAAGUAGUCACUUGUGCUUAUUUGUAUUGCUUACUGACAACUCCUCCUUUGCCCUUUUUAUUUAUUUAUUUUUUUACAUGGGGUGAAGAACUUUGAGCAGGAAAAGAAGCGUGUCCUACAGGAUCCAAAAUAACUGUUAGAAACCGAACUGUUGUUUAUGUAAUUCACUAUUUAGAAGGAAGAAAAAGCAUUUGCACAAUUGCAGGGCUUAAAGCCCCGAGAGCCUCCCAUUUCUGAAGACAAAACUCUGUCCAUGGGGACAUAGGUAGAGCUCCAGGCCAAUUACCUCUCCCUUUCUCUCUCCCACUACCCCCCCCUUCCAAUAAUAACAUAUAGUUUGGCCACUUUUUGAUGUUUAUUUUCACUUCUUAGAUGACCCUUUAAAAUCAAUACAAAACUGCUAGAGCUUGGGAGGAUAUCUAUACUUUUCUAUAGGUGAUGAAAAGGGUUACACACAGAAAGGGAUAUCUUUCCCUAAGGUUCCAAAUGUGGAGUGCGCAUCUGGCAGCAACUAGGAGUGAUAUAGCUCCAAAGCCUCUUCCUUUACUUCAUUUCUUAUCUCCCAGACUUGAGUUUGGAGAAAACUUCCUAUUCUUAUGCCUGAAUCUUAUUUUCAUGAAUUUUCCCACAAAUUCCAAAGUUUUAAGUCCCCUAUAGGGAAGGGGACCACAGAAGCAGAAUACCUUUAAAAAUUAACCCAAAGCAGCCUUUUAAAUUUGGGGCAUAGAGAAGAAAGGCUGUUCUAAUUAUACUCAUCCAAAAAUGAUCUUGGCCUUGACAACCAUCUAGGGCAAGUCACUUCACUAGGCUUUCAGUAGGCUUCCUUAUCCGUAAAAGAAAGGCAUUGGACUAGAUCUCUUGUUUAAGACCUUAUGCCCUGACAUUUAGGAAUCUGCUCAAGAAAUGCAGACUAAAAUAGGUUUCCUAAGUUAGUCAUUCAAAUUUGGAGCCACUCAGUAGGAUAUAAAUUUCAAAGAUUUACACCCUGCAACCUAAAAAAUCUUAUAGGCUUAGGUUCAUCUUAUAGGCUUUGUUUUUUGCUUCUAAAUGUGUAAACAAAGAAAGAACUUGGUGGUCUAAAAGUCACCAACGUAAUGGGUUGUUUUUUUUUAACUGCUUUCCCAUCUACUGCAUACCAAAAAGGUCAAAAUUUUGCCACAAUUUUUAAUAUAUGGUACCUCCAUAUUCCCUUUACCUGUAGAUUCUUAUUCCAAAAAAUACAUUCUGGUCCUUCAGAAACAGGAUUCCCCUUCUAACAAAAACUGUUAUUAGCAUUCAUCAUUACUUUCUUUUAUGCUUACUCAGUAUGCCAUGUGUGAUCAUUGUACCCUUCAGUCUCAAGUAAAGUUAUUUACUAACUAGCCAGCAUUCUUCUUUCCUCAGUUGUGGCAACUGGCACAUGUCUGGUAAAAUGAAGUGGCUUUGUUCUUGUGAGUUGGUUUACUCUCAUACAAAUUAGACCAUCAGGUGGUUAGUCAUUCUAAAUUUAAAGUUUCAUGACAUAAGAAGCAGUUGCUAUUUCUCUGCAUGUUCUUAGUCCUGAUGUCCAUGUUUAAAAAUUGUAGAUGAAUGCAUUUGUUGAUUUCAGUGGUUUAUCCACUAAUGUAAUGUUUCUUGAUGAAAAUCUCCAUUUAGGGCCCUGGAAUUCUAUAAUUACACUAAUUCCUACAAUGAAGUGGUGUUCUUUUUCUUCCAGUCUAUAGGCUUUGGAUCACAUAAAACUUAGAGCUUGGUAAGGGAAAGGAGGCACAUAUCAUUACAAAAAAUGUCAAGAAGUUCCUACUGUUUCGAAAAGUUAGGACAAAGUUAAGCUGUCAAAAAUCACGAAAAUAAAGAAUUGCUAAACUACAUGGACCCUGUUUUAAAAGGAAAAAAAAAAUCUGGUGAAUAACUUCCAAUCAGAGUCUAAGAAAAUAAGAGUAAAUUAAUGUCAUUCACAGUACUUGGUUUUGAACAAUUUUAAAGUAUACAUCUCGUGUAAAAAUCACUCCAAAUUUGCACUACAUACCAACGAAGUGUUACUUUGCUUUACUUUUGUUGUAGUCGUUUUUGAUCAACAACUGAGAAUUAUGUUGUUGUUAUUGUUGUUUUUUAAGUUACUGAUGAAUCUAUUAAGAGUCAGUAAAAAUGUUUAAAAAACUGAUGACCACUAUGUUGGAAUACACGGGAGUGCGUGUGUGUGGUUUUUUUUUUAUACCUUUAGCCAUUUACAUACUCUUCUUGACAAGAUUACAUAUCAUUAACCUUUGUUCAUAGAAUUAUGUAUAAAAUUAGAAAACGUGUAUAACUGAGUUUUUGUUUACUUUUAAAAUUUUUCAAGUACAAUUGUUUCUUAUACAUGUUCAUUAAUUCCUACUAAAUUAUAAUCCAGUCAGUUAUCAGCAAAUGUACAGUAUGAAUUGUGUCUCUUCUUAGUUUUACUUAAUUAUUUCAAAGCAGAAUCUUUAGAAAGCUACAGGUACCCGGCAAUGUUUUUACCAACAAUAAAAUCAAGUCAAGAGAUGAUGAGAAGAUACAUUACUGUAAUUUUAACUAUAGAUUUUGGUUGUAUAUGGUUUUAUGUAAAUCGUCCAUUAUGGUUGGGGGGAAAGGGAAGGAGAAGGUCUUUGAAUAAAAAAAUCUGUAAGUGCUUCAGUAGCAAGAUGACCUCAUUUCAAAAUGUAGUUUUUAUCUAGUGUUCUCACUAUCUGAAAAUGGAAUUUCAUUAAAUCCACUUAUAAUAGUUGUUGGACUAGAAAA